AUGAAUAGCUGGAGCCCAGAAGCACUUGUUCGGAAGUCUCAGGAAGCCAGAAAUCAGGCGUAUUGUCCCUACAGCAAGUUCAGAGUUGGAGCAGCUGUCUUAGCAAGCAAUGGAACCGUGUUCACAGGUUGUAAUGUAGAAAACGCAUGCUAUACUGCUGGACUGUGUGCUGAGAGGACUGCUAUCUCUAAAGCUGUGUCUGAGGGACAUACCAGCUUCAAAGCCAUCGCAAUUGCCAGUGACCUUGAAGACCGCUUUAUUUCUCCAUGUGGAGCCUGCAGGCAGUUCAUGAGAGAGUUUGGCUCACAGUGGGACGUUUAUCUGUCAAAAUCUGAUGGAUCUUACAAACUGAUGACAGUGGAGGAGCUCCUGCCGUGUUCAUUUGGUCCUGAAGACCCGAGGACAGGAGAAAACACUGUUGGCAAUUCAAAACUGUAA